GUAAUCCAUUUUUUAUAUUUAUAAGCUUGGUCUUUUCCAUUCUCUGUAGGAAAAACGGGGUUAAGGGAGGAUCAUUCGGUAUAAUAAUUGAGCAACUUGCACAAACAACUAGAACACGCAAGUGAACUUAACAUAAUAACUAGAUUCAUUACUAGAAGAAGGAAGCUGUAAAAUUAUUGACCACAUAUUUCCUUAUUGGGGUUUACUAUAUUACGGUCUGCAACAUAGGUCAUUGCUUUUGGUUAUAUCAGAAACCAUGUUAACUGAGGAGCUGAUUCUAGAAAAGACUAGCCUUCAGAGGCUUGAAGAUGUCCGCCGCCUCAAUCUGUGGGGAAAGGGUCUGGUUGAUGUUUCUAUUGUUGCGAAACUCAAGAAUAUCGAGGUCCUGGCGUUGGUAUCAAAUCAUGUUUGUUCUUUGAGAUUCUUUGCGUCGUGCACUUUUCUACAGGAGCUUUAUCUGCGUAAGAAUGAUAUUAUAGAUCUUGGAGAAGUAGGUUUUUUGAAGAACUUAACGAAGCUGCACACGCUGUGGCUUACUGAUAACCCCUGCGCGAAGCACCCGAGGUACCGUGAGUUCGUUCUGCAUUGCUGUUCGUCGCUAAAGAAGUUGGAUAGUAUGGAGGUUUUACCUGCCGAGCGUGCCGCUGCAGAAAAGUCAAUGUCGCAAAAAGUAGUGAACGAAAUUAUGAGCCUUAAAACCGAGCCUACACCCAUAGUGCUGUCUUCUGGAAAGCUGGCAGCCUCAACAACAGGCGCCAAAUCACUCUGCUCAUCAUCUUUUCGAGAGGAGCCACCAUGGUUGAGUUCAACCAAGGAGCAUCACACCGAUAAUGUCAUCGUGAACGAUACUAGACCAGGAGCUCAGCACGCUAUGCUGACUGCCAUCGUGGCAUUACUUCCUGAGCUGACGAUGGACUCCCUAGAGAUGCUUGAGCAGGAGGUUCAUGAUCGUGUUGAAUUAAACAUGAUAAAGCUUAAGAAGUUGCCAUCCAAUUCCUUGUGA